UCUUCUAUCCUCUAUUCCUGGAAGCCGGUUAACAAACAAGCUUCGGUCUUAGGAAGGUGUAUCUAUGAGCAUGGUAGUUGCCUAAUUGGACGAUUUUCCAGAAGCUCGAGUGAGACAUUGGUCUCGCUUCUUUCAUGCCCGAUAGGUUAUGCCUCGUGACUUGGAUUGGCAGCAGCUAGGAAGAGAAGGAGGUGGAGGAGGUCUGCGAUCUUGGGCUGUGGUGUAUGAGGAUGUAGGUAUAAUCCUCUUUUUCCAUUUCCAUUCCUUAAAUUCAUACAGUACUUGAGUGUGUUAAUUGUCUACCUGCGUUACCUUAUUACAUGGAAUGUACAAGUACUGUACCUACAUACCGGUACGUACGGAGAUACAUACCUGGGGACAACGGGUUAAUGAUAAAGGGUGGGACUUUUCUCCAGGUUUAUCACCUCCCCCCACCACGCAACUUGGGAGCUCCUGACUAUAUUUUCAUGAGGUGAAACUCAGCAUAUUUGGCAGGGAUGAGUUACUCGAGCAGUGCGAUUUUCCAAAACACUCGAAAGGCCUAACGAACUCGGAAAAAAAAAACUCAAAUACCUACUGCAGCUCCCCGUUGGUCGUAAAAAGAAACGGAACCUUCAUUGGGGGACCCAUUGACGAUCAGGACUAUUCUAGGCCUCAUUGGGCGGAUAAACCGAAGGGAAUAUCGUCAUAAAGACAACUCGAGGGUUUUUUUUUUCUCUUAGAGUUCGCUCAGUUUCUCAAGUGUUCUGGAAAUCGCAAUUAACCCCGGUUGGAAGUGAGUGAGUGAGUGAGAUGAGGGUAUUUCUUUAUGGUAAGUUACACCUUCAUGGGGACUUGUUGUUAACUUCGGCAAGGAAGAACCGAGGGGAAGCGGUGCAAAGCGGGAUCGAUGACCGAAGGUGUGAGACUCGUGCCAAGAAGGAUGAACCGGUGUUGGCUUUAGUCAAAAGUGCGGUGAGUUGGGGAUUCUGGUCAAGGGGGUUCACAAAGGCCGAUUCUGGGCGAAUUUCUGUCUUUUUUUUUCACCUUUUUCUGCACCGCAUGAACCCGGAGCCUUCCACGCAGUUGGACCCGAACCUGAGGUGAUUGUGUAGUUGUGCAGAUGGAGAUAGAUAGUCUACCGGUAUGUGUGCAGCAGUGUUCAGCGCGACGGAGGGAUUUAUCCUGAACCCAGUUCUUUUUUUUUUCCGCCCAUGUGCUUGAGUAGGGGUGGUACUGUACGAUGGUUUUUUGUUUGGUUAUCAUGACGUGCUUUUUUGGGUUCAUAAACUUAAGGCCUUGGUUGGUUUUUAUCACCAACUUAAACCCGUCACCAAGAUUAUCGGUACCGUACUUGAAUACGGUUCAAAGUUCCAAUCCGACUUUUGCCAAAUGAUACUGUGCUCGAGUACAAUUACAUUGUUGGGUUGGGCGUCUAUGACAAUCGCUUUUUUCCCCUUUCUUUGUGGAUGGCAACGGUGGGGGGGUGCGAUUGUUUUUGUUUACACUUUUCUCCUACACACGGUUGGCAACCGAACCACCCUACCCUUCUUCCAUAGAUUAACGCGGACAACUGCGACAUACACGCAAGAAAGCGACAGAGCGAACACCAGCAUCAUCAUCACGAUAUGGCAUACAAUAUGCGGCAAGGGAACUUUAGAGGCUCUCAGAGCAAUUCGAAGCCGCCAGGCUCGACUAUGAAGGGAAAACAACAGCAGCAGCAGUAUGCCGCGGAGAAUCAUCUUUUACUUGUACGUCCCUCCCCCCCUCUCUCCCCGGCAGAUAGAGGGGACCCAUUCUAAUAGUCAAGCAGAAAGACAAUGAGCUGGUCGACUGCAUCAGCGAGCUCGGCAUCCCCUUCCAAAUGGAAGAUCUCAAGAAGCCCUCCCCACAAAAGAUCCAACUGGUCUUCGAAAUGUUCGCCGACCUCCUAAUGGGUGUUCGCAAGGAGACCAUCGAGCCGGUGCUGAAUGCCGCAGCACAACAGGUCCUCGAGUUCCCCGAGACGCAAACCGACUCACACACGCUCAUGGCCUUCUACGUAUCCCUCAGCCAGCUCAUGCUGGAGUGCGGCAUCGAGGACUUUACUUUCAACGACCUGGCGAAACCGGACUCUAUGCGUCUGACUAGGAUACUCAGUUACGUUAUCAACUUCACCAGGUUCCGGGAGGAGCGGGCCAAUAUCAUUGACGAGCACUUUGGCAAAGCCCAGAAGGCAAAGGAGAAGAUUGAGCAGUUGUACUUCGAGAACGAAGAUCUGAAUAAUCGCUUGCAGGAGUUGAAGGUGCAGAGGCUUAAGGAGGAGCCCAUGAUCAAGAAGGCGAAGGAGGUCCGGAGUGCGCUUGUGGCGGAUUUGGAGACGCUAAGGAAGAGGCAGGAGGCGCUGUCGAAUGACUUGGAUAGGUUGAAGCAGUUGAAGGUUUCUCAUGCUCAGACACUGGUAUGUCUUCUCUCCGGUGCUCUCAUUACUUACACCUUUGCAAUUGUAGCUAAUAGGUCUAUAGGAGGACCGCCAAUACCUGAAAGUGAAAACCCAGCAGGAGAAUAACAAGAUCCGUCCCUACAUUGUCGACUCCCCACAAAAACUGCAGCAAGUAAUAACCGACAUGGCCAACUCCCUCGGCGCGGAAAAGGUGGCACAUGACAGCCUGGAGCGCAAGUCCCGUUCCCUCCAAACCUCAGCAGACUCCUUUGUGAUUGUGGAGCAGGACGUGGCUGGCUGCAUCAAAGUGAUGGAGGAGGUCGAGCAGGAGCUCAUUAAGGAGGAGGAAACCUCAAGACGUGCAUCCCGCCACACCGAAAUCCUAACCGUCAAGCAGACAGAGGUGCACGAAGUCGAACGUUCGGAGAAGCGACUAUCCCGUCAACUCGAGAAUGCAACGGAGAAGCUCAAACGCGCGCGCGAGACGGGUGAGGGCAAAGCCGAGGCUGCACAGAAGCGAAUGCUAGAGCUGAAGGAGGCUUAUGGUGUUCUUAGUCGCGAGCGCAGCGAACGCGACAAGGAGAUGGAGCGCAAGAAGAUCCGUAUCGAGCGCAUUGAGAAGGAAAUGGCGGACAUGAAGGAGACGGUGGAAAUCGAGGUUGCUGCAGCGCACAAAGAAUUUGCGAAGAUGAAGAGCCAUGUAGAACUUUACAUGAGCGAGAUGGAGCAGUGUAUUUGAAUGUGAUGUAGUGUAAUUUCUUCUUUUGCUCUCUUGUUUCGCUCGUUUGAUUCUCGGGAUGCGUGCUUCGCUAUAGGGUCUUUUUUUAUUUUUAUUUAUUUUUAUUUGCACCGGGGGUAGGGUGGGGGGAGUUUGGGAUCGGGAACUUUUUUUUUAUUCCUUUUGAAAUGUUGUAACUUAGAGGCUUAUGAUGUUUGAAUGAUGAAUACAAGCAGUUUUUCCUGGACUUUGUGGGUGCAAUAUGGAUUCAACUUUCGCGAUGUUAUUGCGAUGGCGUGGGGGAUGGUUUUAUUGUAGAACCACCUGGAAAGCUCGAUACUGUCCAGCACAUUGGGGACGGGCGAGGAAUGGGGGGGAGAGAGAGAGGGUAUUUGUACAGAACUGGAAAUCUCAGAGGUGGCCAGCCCGACCACUCGACUAUGUAUAUCAUCAUAAUAUAUCAUAUAUACCAUCCAAGAAUACCGGUACCGGUCAUCAUGGCAAAUAUCACUCAGGAGAAUUCGGAAAUUCCACCGCGUUCUUUGUCAAAGGAGAUUUAUUUUCCUGCGCUGGGUAGGUAAGUAAGUACGGUACUCGUAGACAAGACAUCAAUAGCAACUAAAAAAAAAAAAAAAGAACAAUAAAACGGAAUAUACAGUAACCCUCCCAUAAUGGAUAAAAUUCAAGCUUUUUUUCUUUUUCUUUCUUUUUUUUCGUUUCUUUCUUCUCGGUCCGGGUAUUAUAGGUAGUCUAACUACUGUACCAUACGAACAUACCGAUACAAAUCAGGAGAGGCUCAAAAACACCAAAGUUUCGCAACGCGGGAAUUUUAUUUUUAUUUUUUCUCUUUCUUUCUUUCUUUCUUUCCUCUGCGAGUAUGAUACUUAUAAUACGAUACGAUGUGAUGUGCCGGUAUUAUAUCAAGCUGGAAAUCAAAACCCAUCCAUCCGUCCGACACGGCACGACACGGCACGAC